CGUUGCUCUCGAAUAUCGCAAGAAGUUAAGGCCACGGUCACUCGAUGGCCAUGCCCGCUCCACUUCGUGAUGCCCCAAGCACAGCAGUCUAUCGUUACGGACUUGGCGACGUCUGUACGAAAGUGUGUGCGAGAUCCGAGCGAACGGUGCACAAUUCUCGUCUUUCGCCUCCGCAACGUACGACUACGCGUGGAGGCCAUUCAAUGCGACAAGGUUUUAACGAUGAGAUGAAUGCAUCCUCACAGCUAGAAGUCCGCGGCGAUUCAAGUUGGGAUGCAUAUCGACGAGGCGCCAUGUCAACACUACGACAGUGGUCAUGUCCGUGGUCCUCUGCAUGCCGCCUGUGGAAAGUGUCGCGUCCAUUUUAGGAAUGGAUGGCCCAGUUAGAGAGUAUGGUGAGCAGACGUGCGUGCUUUGGCUCACGCCAUGAAGUCUGUACCGACCCCUGUGUCCAUCGUACUCGAGCAAGCGCGCCGCCGUGCGGAGUUAUAUCGUCAUGAACAGUGGAUGCACAAGGGAAUUCUCG